AUGGCUGCCACUAACCAGUCUCGCCUGCUGAGACUAUCUCCGGAACUGCGCAACAACAUCUAUGACCUCGUGUUCACCGGCAUUGUCGACCUCGACCACAACUACCGCGUCCCGCCUCCCCUACUUUGCUGCAAGCAGGUCAACUCGGAGGCUGCGGGUGCUUACUGGCGCAAAAGCGAGUUCAGGAGCAAGUCCACGUCGAGGAUCGAGACAUUCUUGGCAGCUCUGGACUCCAGCAAGCUCAAAUUUGUCAGCGCGGUUGUCUUUGACUCACAGGGCGGGAACCGCCUCCGAUAUGAGCGAUUAGCCUCGGCAUUCUUCGCGCAGAUGGAUCUGUUCCUGAUGGCGAUAUCCCUAUGUGGGAAGCAGGUCUCCAGGUUGAGCCCUGGCGUGCUUAAGAUCAUCUUCGAGGAUGUCGCCGGUGAGACACACUGUAGCGCCACACCCUGGCAGACAAUGUUGCACAGACUCGAGUCAGCAACCUCGCGUAGGCUCGAGCACUACGACAUACUUCUCCAGAAUGCGAAGGACCAGGCUCGAUUCUUUGAAUUCGCGCACGAAAGCGAUUUCAAGUGUUGGAGCACCUUCUGGAUGACGAAUGUUGAUUAUGUUUGCGACUGCCCUAUGAUAGCGGAGCAUUAG